AAAUGGUAAUUUUAUCGGUUAUCUCUCCGAUGAUUGAUAACUUGGAGAUGAAGCAGUGGUAAGGAGGGAUGUCGCUGAUUGCUCAGCCAAUCGGCCACUAACUUAAGACGUAGCUUAGCUGUGAGAAACGCUCUACUAGUUACAGUGUAAACUGUUUCUCUCUCUGCGCUUCAUCCACCACACACCCCUCCUGUCUGCAUCCAGUCAGCAAAACCUUACCCCCACCACACAACUCGAUCUUGCCCCCUCUUCCCUUCUCCCUUUUCUUCUGUCCCUCCUCUCGUCUCUUCUUUUCUUCCAAAAUUCCAGCCAAGCUGUCUUCCUUCACGUUCUUUCGCUCCGUCCAUUCGGCUUUUGCCAGGACGGCUGCAUCUCCUGCACCUGCUGCCCGGCUCACUGCCAUUUCUCGCCAAUUUUCUACAUCUCCAUACGUCAUGGCUCCGAUUAGCAAAGAGUGCGAGUAUCUCGUCAUCGGCGGCGGUAGUGGUGGUCUUGCCUCUGCGCGACGAGCCAGUGGAAUUCACGGUGCGAAGAGCAUCGCAAUUGAGAGCAAGCGUCUCGGAGGAACUUGCGUAAAUGUCGGAUGCGUGCCCAAAAAAGUGACAUGGAACGCUGCGGCCAUUCGCGAGACCAUCCACGAGGCCAAAGCCUACGGAUUCAGCGUGGAGGAGACGGCGCCAUUUGACUGGACUUCUUUCAAGCACAAGAGAGACGCUUACGUGAAGCGAUUGAACGGCAUCUACGAGCGAAAUCUUUCCAACGAUAAUGUCGAGCACGUACAUGGACGCGCUCGUUUUGUGGGCAAGAACGAAGUUGCUGUCGCAAAGGAUGACGGCAGCAGCGAGACGAUUCGGGCCAAGCACAUUCUGAUCGCGGUCGGCGGACGGCCAAACGUGCCCUCGGACAUUCCCGGCGCGGAAUACGGUAUCACGAGCGAUGGCUUUUUCGACCUCGAGAAGCAGCCGAAAAAGGUUGCUCUGGUCGGGGCCGGCUACAUUGCCGUGGAGCUCGCAGGCAUGUUCAAUGCGCUGGGCUCCGAGACUCACCUGUUCAUCCGACACGACUCAUUCCUGCGGAACUUUGACCCGAUGAUCCAGGAGAAGAUCACGGCCGAGUACGAGAAGAAGGGCGUCAUCAUCCACCGCCAGUCGAGCCAGAGCAAGGUCGAGCAAAUCCCCGGCAAGGACGGCUGGUUGAACCUGCACUACAAGGACUCCAAGGGCGAGGGCGUGCUCGAUAUCGACUGUCUGCUCUGGGCCAUUGGACGCGCGCCCGAGGUCGAGGAUCUCGACCUCGCCAAGGCCGGCGUCCAGCUCGACCACAAGGGCUACAUCUCCGUCGACGAGUUCCAGAACACCUCUGCCGACAACAUUUACGCGCUCGGCGACGUGUGCGGCAAAGUCGAGCUGACGCCCGUCGCCAUCGCCGCGGGCCGAAAACUCAGCGAUAGACUGUUUGGCGGCCACAAGGACUCCCAUCUCGACUACACCAACGUGCCCUCGGUCGUCUUUGCCCACCCCGAGGUCGGCUCCAUUGGCUUGUCCGAGCCCCAGGCCCGCGCAAAGUACGGCGACGCCGACGUCAAGGUGUACAAGUCCGAGUUCGUCGCCAUGUACUAUUCCAUGAUGGACCCCGACCAAAAGGGCCCCUCGGCCUUUAAGAUUGUCUGCGCCGGCCCAGAGGAGAAGGUUGUCGGCUUGCACAUCCUCGGUCUCGGCUGCGCCGAGAUGCUCCAGGGCUUUGGUGUCGCGGUCAAGAUGGGCGCGACCAAGAAGGACUUUGACAGCUGCGUGGCCAUUCACCCUACUAGUGCCGAAGAGCUGGUCACCAUGCGGUAAAAUACCAAUGUAAUUUAAAUAAAUUCCUAUAGAUCAAUUGUAUUUUUUAUUUACCUUUUCAAUUUUUACAAAAACCCCUAGCCUCCCGCUUUCUCCAUCUGGCUAGAAAAGAAGAAAAUCGGGUGAUAAACUUUUAAUGGUGAAAAACGGGAAUAAACUCUAAUGGUAUAAGACAUUUGAACUGUAACAAUAGUAUUUCCAACAUGAUCAAGUGAAUC